AGUUGCUAGGAGGUUGCCAAUGGCCACAUUCUGUUUUGGAGUGGUAGAGUUAGUGUCAGUUUAGAAGUAGACUAUUUGGGAAAGCAGUGUGCUGAAGCCACUCUAAAAUGGAGCAGAGGCCUCUGAAGAAGCUGGUGGAAUCCAUCAGUAAAACUGUCAAGAGCUUCAAGAAAAGUGAGAUUGAAUGUCUCAUACGCCUUUUCUGUAGCUUGGCGGAAAGGCCCAGUGGAAAGCUUGCUAAUGCCAGACUAGACUGCAACACGUUUCGGGGGAUCCUACACAACAUAUUUGGAAUGACUGAUGAUACGUUGAUGAAUAGGGUGUUCUAUGUACUUGACAAAGACAGUGAUAACUACAUAAAUGUGCACGAGUGGGUUAAAGGACUGUCAGUGUUUCUCCGAGGAACUUUUGAAGAGAAGAUGAAAUUCUGUUUUGAAGUUUAUUAUUUAACUGGAGAUGGUUAUAUUUCCCGGGAAAAGAUUUUUGACAUGUUGAAGAAUAGUCUCUCCCAGCAGUCCCCCGAAGAAGAAAAUGAAGAAGGAAUAAGGGAGUUGGUGGAAAUAAGCCUGAAGAAAAUGGAUCAUGACAAUGAUGGCAAGAUCUCUUUUGCAGACUUUGAAAAAGCGGUAAAAAAAGACAGGCUUUUGUUGGAGGCCUUUGGACCAUGUCUACCAGAUGCAAAGGUAGUUACAAAUACUAUACUUAAAGUAGAUGAGAGAAAAUUUUCAUUAAAAUUAUAUAACGUGUGUAUGUGUGUAAGGUAUGCAUGCCAUGUGCGGGCCAGUUUUAUGCCAACUUGACACAACCUAGAGUCAUCUCAGAGUGACCUGAGAAGAUGCUGUAAGAUCGGGCUGUAGGACAUUUUCUUAAUUAGAGAUUGAUGGGGGAUGGUUCAGCCCAUUGUGAGGGGUUGUCAUCCCUGGGCUGAUGAUGGUCUUGCGUUUUAUAAGAAAGCAGGCUGGGCAAGCCAAAGGAACAAGCUGGUAAGCAGCACUUCUCCACGGCCUCUGCACCAGCCCCUGCCUCCAGGAGCUACUUUGUUUUGAGUUCCUGUUCUCAUUCCCUCAGUGAUGGACUACAGUGGAGGUAUAAGCCAAAUAAACCCUUUUCUCCCCAGCUUGCUUUUGAUCAUGGUGCUUCACUGCAGCAAUAGUAACCCAAUCUAGGACAUGCCACAGUGCUUGUGUGGCAGCCAGAAGACAAUUGUAGGAACCUCUUCUCUCCUGCAGCCAUGUGGAUCCCAGAGAAUUGAACUCAGGUAGUCAUGUUUCUAAGCAAGUGCCUUUACAAACUCUGCCAUUUUGCUGGCCUAGUUAAGGAAAAAUCUAAAGAACUAGAAAAUAAUACAUGAUAGUCUCUCCACUUUGU